AUGGAAACACCCGAUCUAACGUCCGCGCAGCAGUUUCGUGUCCUCAAUUCUUCCUCUGCUCAUCAACUAGUAAGCAGUGCGGUGCCUGUUGCUGUCUCCGUGCUCACCGCUAUAGUGUCUGCUACUGUUACUGCUCCCGUUGCCCUGAUCGGCGCCACCGCCCCAGCCGCUAGCGGAGUUGGCGGUGAAGAUCCUAAAGAUAAUCAACAGCCACAUCACCAGCUUCCUGAUGACGUGCGCGGGCCCUCCCUGUCCAUGCGGGUAAAGACUCCGGAGCCCAAUGCCCUCUGCUGCUGUGGCUGUCUGCGUCGGCUGCGGACUGCAGGUAAAGCGGCUGGUUCUUCCAUCACCUGCGAAUUUACCACCGAGGGUGGUCAGCGUUCUGAAAACUGCUCCUACUGCUCGGGUGCCAAUCACGACGGCGGGGACCACGGUGGGGACCAGGGCUGUGUGCCGAUGCCCACCGAGCUCGUCGCGCGGGCGAACCGCUUGUGGGAAGCCAACCUCGCCUGUGCGGCUGGCGAGGUUGGCACUCCCUCGGUGGCGGAUAUCCAGCUCGAGGCUGAUGCCCUGGAGGAUGAGAUGCGCCUCGCCGGUGUCGAUAUUGCCCGUGAGUCCGCCAGUGGUCUUGCUUGUGGGUCCUGCGCGUGUUCCGCCAGCGGUGCGAGAGCGGGCGCGGACGACGAAACGACGGUGCUGGCUCACAUCUUGGACGCCAUGCGUGCCGGUGUAGACUCCUACCGGGAGGUGCACGGGUUGGAGCCUCUCCGCUGGCCUGGGGAGGACGAGGACUGA